AUGACACCAUUGAAAUACCUCGCUUUAAUUGCUUUCACCAUUGUGCAUGAAGUCAAUGGAACGUGGACAAUAAAUAAAGGAAUAAAUUGUAAUGGCGUUGAAUAUUCUGGCCAGAACCUCGAGCAAUAUGUCAAUACGCGGUGCACUUCUCAAACGCAAGGUUUGUUUGGUCUAAAGUAUCACAAUUACCCAAGACAUACUUACAAUGAUGGAACUGGGCUCAAACUUUAUUUCAUAAAUCUCCCUACAGUAUCAGAGAGUGGUACGAUGCAUUACAAUAUCCCAUCCAAACACUACCUUGCUGUUGAUGAACACUGUGUUUUCUAUUAUGGUGCUAAGAUUACCCAACCGCUUCAAGGUAAACAACAAGUGGAAAGCGACCAGAUAGAGAGAUGUGUACCAUUGACUGGAUAG